CAGAAGCAGCAAAAUUAUAAAUGGCAACACAAGUGAAGCUCUUGGGAUUCUGGUGUAGCCCCUUUUCAUUUCGAGUAGAAUGGGCCUUGAAGCUGAAAGGUGUUGAUUACGACUACUUUGAAGAAGAUAUCUUUAACAAGAGCUCCAUGCUACUGGAACUGAAUCCAGUUCAUAAGAAGGUUCCUGUGCUUGUUCAUGAUAACAAAGUCAUCUCUGAGUCUUUUGUUAUUCUUGAGUAUGUCGAUGAGACUUGGGAACAAAAUCCCUUGCUGCCUAAAGAUCCUUAUGAAAGAGCCAUGGCACGUUUCUGGGCUAAAUUUGCUGAAGAGAAGCUUAUGGAUGCUGCAUGGGCUGUAAUGUGGUCCAAAGGAGAGUUAAAAGAGACGGCUUUGAAAGAAUCAAUAGAAGCAUUGGAAAAGAUAGAGGGAGCGCUGAAAGAAAAGAAGCAAUUUCAAGGAGAGAGCAUUGGGUAUUUGGACUUGGCAUUUGGAUGGAUUGCUCACUGGCUACCCGUCUUGGAAGAAGUCGGGUCUGUGCAGAUUCUGAACCCAGAGAAAUUUCCAGCCAUUACAGCUUGGAUGGCCAAAUUUAUCAGCCAUCCAGUCAUCAAAGAUAACCUACCACACAGAGACAAGAUGCGUGUUUACUUUGAGGAGCACCCAAAAUUUGCAUCGGGUGUUGACAAAUAA